UUUAGAGUCACUUUUAACUCACCGGAGACUUCUCGGAGAAGAGAAUCCCCAGAGAUUAAAAUGGUGAUUCCGGCGAAUUCUAGGUUUGGGUUUCGUGCUGAACUCAGCACCAAGGACUUUCAAGCUUUCUGCAUCUCUCUCGCUAAUGAAAUCGAUGCAGCUAUUGGGAAAGAUGAAGUUCCAGGGAAUGUUCAAGACCUGGCUUUAGUCCUCCUCAACAAUGUUUUCCACCGUAUGAAUGAUGAUUAUCAAACGAGGGCUGUGAUAAUGUUGCUGAUGAUCUCAGCCAAGAGUGCUUGUCAGCUUGGGUGGUUCCCGCAGAAAGAGACUCAACAACUGUUGGCUAUCAUAGACUUGCUGUCUAAUAGUUUCAGCAGUCCUGAAAAUGUCACUCCUUGUGUAGAUAGUCCUGUCACUCUAAUUUCGCAGGUCAUAGAGAGGUUCUAUCCAUGUGUGAAGCUGGGGCAUAUUCUUGUUUCUUUUGAGCCCAAGCCAGAAUCAAAGAUAUUGAUGAAGGACUUCUAUAUUUCAAAGAAGAUCCCCUAUUCUGGUAAACAGAAGGUGGGAUUAUUUGUUGUCCGCACAGAGGACAUAAGCAAGUCUAAUUGUAUUGUGCAUCCGCAAAAAGUCAGCUUUUUGUUGAAUGGAAAGGGCGUUGACAAGAGAGUUAACAUGUCAAUGGAUUCAGGGCCGCAGCUUCCAACGGAUGUUACUCCCCUACUCAACGUUGGGGCGAAUCUUCUACAAGCAAUAGGCUGUUUUGGAGGUAGUUACUUAAUUGCUAUUGCUUUGAUGGAUGUCAUACCGCUGCCCGACAAACUGUUGCUGAAAGAUUAUGUUCACCCCGAAGCCAUUGAAUCAAACUCAGAUUGUGACAUAAUUGAGGGGCCAUCAAGGAUAUCUCUCAGUUGUCCUAUCAGCCGAACGCGUAUCAAACUUCCUGUGAAGGGUCAUGUCUGUAAACAUCUUCAGUGUUUUGAUUUCUCGAAUUAUGUCAACAUGAAUGUGAGAAGACCAUCAUGGCGCUGCCCGCAUUGCAAUCAGUCUGUUUGCUACACUGAUAUCUGUGUAGAUCAAAAACUGAAAAAGAUUCUAGAAGAGGUGGGAUGUAACGCUGCUGAUGUGGUUAUCUCUGCUGAUGGAUCAUGGACGGUUGCAACAGAAAACGACGAGGACGUGGAACUUGUGCCGGAAACCACUCAUGACCAUGGAGAUCCAAAUAGUUUCAUAAACUUGGGGCCUACGGUUUUGGAUCUUCCUAGAGAUGAGAAUGAAACGGAAACAUUCAGUGGCAUUCAAGUCCAUGAACAGAAUCCUUGUAUAUAUGAGAUUCAGGGUCAGUCAGUUAACUCGCAUAAGCCUGCUACAGAUUAUACUAUGCUUAACCAGUCUUCUGCUUCAAUCAACACACUGCCACAGUUGACACAAACUUUGAAUGCCUUUGAUGGGCAACAAUUCAUGAACUUACCACAAGUAGUAAACACCCAAGAUUCAGCAGCAAGACAAGCCUUGCCCAUGACAUUCGCACCAACCUCAUCUCCACAAGAUAGAUAUGCUGCAAGCUUUGGCACAUCAAUGCCUGUUGCUCAGUCUUCUCAGUUUCAAGGCUCACAUGUUAUGCCCCUUAGAAAUUGUGUAGGAAGAACCUCUGAUUUGAUGGAGAGAUGGAACCACAUCCAUGGACGUGGCAUCAAUCAGUCUCAAUUUCCAUCCGCGCCUCUGUCUCAACAUCAUUAUACGAUGCAGAGCCAGUCCCCCCCUGCACAGGAAAGACGAAUGCCAUCUUACAAUGCACAUCCUCAAACUUUACCUGUCAACUACGGAGGGAACACUGACCUAAGACCGAUGCCAACUUCCAUUACACAUCACCAAACUGUACUUAACUACGGAGGGAAUGCCCACAGAAGACUAAUGCCAUCUUCCAAUACAUAUCUCCAAACUUUACCUGUCAGCUAUGGAGGGAACGCCCACCAAAUACCUAUAUCGUCUUCCGUUACACAUCUCCAAACUUUACCUGUCACCCACGGAGGGAUCGCCGAUCAAAGACCGAUUCCAUCUUCCAUGUCACAUCUCCAAACUUCACCUGUCAACUACGGUGGGACCCACGAGCAAAUACCCAUGCCAAGACCAAUGCCAUCUUCCAUUACACAUCGCCAAACUUCAUCUGUCAACUACGGAGGGGCCAACGGCCAAAGACAUAAUCCUGGUGGUGCAAUGGGACAGUUCUCAUCACAAGAGUUCAUAAAUUUGACUCCUGGUAACACUGCAAAUUGGCGCCCACCGAGCCGGAUGCGAGGCAGCCUAGCACCUGGUACGGGAUAUGACCAUAUGAUCAUUCGACCUACACAGCCGGUUCAAUCACAAGCGCAAAGGCUUCAUCCACCUCAGCCAACAGCUCAUAAUGUAGCUGAUGAGAUUCAAGAAUUUCUGUUGCAUCCAAGUUAUCCCGUUGGUACUAACGAAACACAAGCUGGGACCAGUUCAAUCCCCGUGGCUGAGGAUCUUGGGUUGUCAGGGUCGUUUUGGUCAAUGCCUCCCGAGACAUGGUGAUAUCAGAUGACUUAGAGAAUGUAACACGCGGUUCAUAGCAAUAGGAUGCAUCACUAACACAAUCAGUCAGUAGUCACAGUAUAUAAGCCCUUUGUUUCCUUUUUUGGUACUAACCGCUUUAGGCUUACGGUGCAUAUAAGGGGCUCUAGUUCUCGAUGUUGCGUAUUCUUGAAAUUCACUUAAUAUGACAGAUUAGGGUAUGGUUUGACCGAUCGACCGAGAAACCUAAGCUCACAUAACCAUGUUUGUUAUGUGGUCCCUAGAUCUCAACAUACAUGAGCUCUGGCCAUUCCUAUCCUAUCAUGUCCUGACUUGUUAUCACGAGUAUUAUUAUUCUCAUGAUACAUGUCCCCCUUGAUUCCCUACUACAUAAUAUAAUCAUGAGCGCUCGAGAAA